AAUAGAGGUGUGGUCAUUCCCUCUCAUCCUGAGAGCUGCAAACAUCAUGGAGGCUGUGGCGAAAGCAAAAAAGUCGCUCAAGACGCCCAUUAGGAAAUUAACCAGCUGUGUGUCAGGGGUGAAGGAGAGGAAGUUGUGUUCCAAACACAGGAGGAAGAGGAGCAGAGGCGGGGGAGGCCAUGUUAGAAGGAACAUGUUGGGGAAGACCCCUCCCCUCAGAGUGGCACAUCCCAGAGACCAAACGGUCAUUCGUUCGUAUCAGGCAGAGCUGGAAAAGAAGAGGCAACUGCGGGAAGCAAUGAACGCUCAGAAGAACGCAGAGAGAGCAGCCAUGAGAUCUCACUUCAGGAGAAAAUAUCAGCUGUCUGAGUGUCCUGAGGACAAAAACCGCCUGAGGUCUGUUGGAGGCAAAGUGUCACUCCCCCACGAGCUGUCGAAGAUGAUUCAUCCUGAAACCAAAACCAAGGACGACGGCUUCAACCUGCUGAGUGCCUUUCGAGGCCUCAGUUUCAGCACAGCAGCACUCACAGGGACAAAAACCAGGACACCCACUCCUACACCAACAAAUUGUAAAGUCAUGUGAUCAACACCAUGUGGAAGUGGUAUAUUUGCAUGAUAGCUGCUUAAUUAAGACAGAAUCAGUCUAAACAUAGUUUCUAGAUAAUGGCAUGGGGAUUUAAAACAUUUCUUUUGUUUUACUUCAAGUGCUUUAUAAUUUGCAACUAAAACAACAAGCCAGUAAGGAACAGCUGGGAUAAAUUAACAACAAAGUUAAAAAGAAUGGCAGCGCAAACCAAAACUAAGUGAUGCAUCUGGAUAUGAAAUUGAGAGCAGGAGGGAUUUUUAGCAGAGAUCUGAAUAAGCUUAAAGUCUGAGGGGAACAUUCAGGGUAGCCACUACAAAACUAUAUACUCUACAUCUUGGAAUAUUAAAGAGCAACUAGCUGGUCAACAGUUGUAUUCCUGCAGGGAGGUGGAUGUC